AUGUGCUACGACCGCUAUGUGUCCAUCUGCAAACCCCUGCACUACGGGACCCUCCUGGGCAGCAGAGCUUGUGCCCACAUGGCAGCAGCUGCCUGGGCCAGUGGCUUUCUCAAUGCUCUGCUGCACACAGUCAACACAUUUUCCCUACCCCUGUGCCAGGGCAAUGUCCUGGGCCAGUUCUUCUGUGAAGUACCACACAUCCUCAAGCUCUCCUGCUCAAACUCAAACCUCAGGGAACUUGGACUUGUUACUGUUAGUGUCUGUUUAGGUUUUGGCUGUUUUGUUUUCAUUGUUUUCUCCUAUGUGCAGAUCUUCAGGGUUGUACAGAGAAUCCCCUCUGAGAAAGGACAGCACAAAGUCUUUUCCACCUGCCUCCCUCACCUGGCUGUGGUCUCACUGUUUAUCAGCACUGUCACAUUUACCUACCUGAAGCCCCCCUCCAUCUCCUCCCCAUCCCUGGAUCUCUCCCUGUCAGUUCUGUACUCGGUGGUGCCUCCAGCCCUGAACCCCCUCAUCUACAGCAUGAGGAACCAGGAGCUCAAAGCUGCAAUGUGGACAUUGAUGAUGGGAUUGUUUAAGAAACUGUAAACUUCUUGCUAGUUUCUGCAAGCCACUUGUAGUAAAAAC